GUGUACUUUCGUUCGUCAGCCGAACGUGAUCGGCCGAACAGCGACAGAAUGAAGUUUCUCCCGUUGAUAGUGGCGUACGGAGCGAUCCUGUGCCUGCAGGGUUUACCCCGGGCGGCCCGCGGUCAAACGUACGUCGAAGUGAACGCAACCGAUCUGAACGAGUUCGAUAUCGACCAUUUCGGGCUGAAAAUGGAACAGCUGGAUAUGCGAUUGAUGCGGUUCGAGUUGAGCAUCCAGAAAAAGGUGGACUCGAUUUCCGGGGUCCUACAGAAUUUGGUGCACGUGAUCGAAAAUCUCGCCUGGCACAUUUCGGAAACGGAACGGUCCGCCACGUCCUCGGAGCACCAGCUGAGAAUUAUAGCGAAAAAUUUGACGCUGCUGCAUAAGGAGAUGAGGGAUUUGGCAAUGGCCCAGCAACGGUUGCCCACGAGAACCUACUUCGACGAUGCGAUGGUGAUGCUCAAGGCACAAUCGAACUGCGAAAAUGUGCCGGAGUUGAUACAAUCGGAUAACAUUCAGACGUCGCUGGUAUCGAGACCGACACCGCGGAUACUGGAAGCGUGCGAUCAACUGAAUUCGUACAGUUCUUCGGGGGUUUACACCGUUCAGCCGGACGGAGAAUUCAGCAAACCGAUUAUGGUGUACUGUGAUCAGGAUCAUAACGAGGGGGGUUGGACGGUGUUUCAGUAUCGGUACAACGGAAUGGUAAACUUCUACCGGGAUUGGGAUGAGUAUCGGUUUGGGUUCGGCAAAAUGGACGGAGGCGAGUUUUGGCUUGGUUUGGAACGAAUUCAUCAACUGACGUACUCGGCUCCACACGAACUGCUGAUUUUACUGGAAGAUUUCGAGGGAAAUACCACCUUCGCAAGGUUCGAAAGCUUCGAGAUCGCCGGUGAAACGGAUCUGUACAAGGUGAUGAGAAUCGACGGAUACAGCGGAACUGCCGGUGAUUCAAUGAGUUACACAAAGAAUGCCUAUUUCAGCACCUACGACGAAGAUAACGACACUCACGAGGAAAACUGUUCUGUCAAGUAUCACGGGGCCUGGUGGUAUCGGAACUGUCACUCCAGGUAGGUUGUGGUUUGCUUCGGAAAUUAUCGGGCGAAAUUCAACC